ACCUCCGGACGAAGAAGAAAUCGCCGCCACCCUCUCCAAAAACCCUAGCUUUCCUCCCCCUCGAAACCCCACCACACCACUGCAACGCGUGCGAGCGGCGGCGAGAGGAAGGAGGAGACCGAUGGGGCGGCCGUACGCGGUGAAGGGGCGGAAGAAGAAGCGGAAGCUCGACGACGGCGGGGCCUCCCGCGAGCCCCCGGUCGACGAAGAGGCGGCGGAGGAGCUGCCGCCGCCGGAGGGGGUGGAGGAGGAGGAGGGGAAGGAGGAGGACGUGGCGGCGGCGGCGGCGGCCGGGGAGGUUGCUGAUGGGCUACCCGUCGUGCCACGGCCGGUGGACGGGAAGCGGCGGCCCGGCGCGAUCUUCGUGCUCGAGAGGGCCUGCCUCGAGGUCGGCAAAGUCGGCAAGACUAUGCAAAUCCUGAACUCGGAUGACCAUGCUAAUUAUUUGAGGAAGCAAAACAGGAAUCCAGCUGAUUACAGGCCUGAUAUCAUUCACCAGGCUCUUCUUGCAAUAUUUGAUAGCCCACUAACUAAAGCUGGGAGGUUACAAGCUGUUUAUGUUAGGACUGAAAAGGGAGUAUUGUUUGAAAUCAAGCCUUACGUCCGCAUGCCACGUACAUUCAAACGUUUUUGCGGUUUAAUGUCACAAUUAUUGCAGAAGUUGAGCAUUACAGCAGUUGGAAAGCGGGAGAAGCUUCUUAAUGUCAUUAAAAAUCCAGUCACCCGCUAUCUACCAGUUGGAGCAAAGAAGAUUGGUCUUUCAUAUAGUGCUGAGAAGUCAGUCAAUUUGUUUGACUAUGUUGCCAAAUCCAGUGACGAUGUACCCCUUGUGUUUGUGGUAGGUGCUAUGGCUCAUGGAAAGAUUGACAACGAAUACUCAGAUGAUUACAUACAAAUUUGCAAUUACCCUCUCAGUGCUGCCUGCUGUUUGAAUCGAAUAUGCAGUGCUCUCGAGCAGAAGUGGAACAUCCAGUGAAAGGAAAUUUUGAAAACGAACACUGAAAAACAUUAUGUGAAAUUGUUGUGUACUCGCUAGCUAAUGCAAUUUUGCGGUCUCCUCCCAUGCUGAGUGUGUACUGUAUUCUGAUUGUGGAGACUUGAAAACUCCGGUGGUAAUAGUGUUAAAGUUCAAUGUUUGUCGCAACAAUAUGUUACAUCUUGAGGCAUACUGUUGCUUAUGAUUACCACCAGCCUUGAGCUAGGUUGGUUGAAAACCGAACUGCAACGUUUGUCCUUUGCCCCAAAAUUUUACGCUGAGCUGAGAUUUACCCGCA